UAUAUUUGACAUUUGUUAAUAUGGCUGAUGCAGCGUUAGCACGUCGUGAAGCAAGGAGGAGAAAAAUAUUAGAAAAUUCUCACAAUAGACUUCAACGAAUAUCUGGGAAAUCAGGCGAUGAAAGCUGUAAAGAUUCAUUGGUGCAUUCUCCAAUACCCGACUAUCAAGAUGUUGUCUCAUCUGAAUUUAGUUGCAGUAAGACGCUGUUAUCAAAUGGAGUAUCAAGCUCUUCCAUAUCACCCACCUUAAGUUUGGGGUUAGCUUCAGACGAAAUAGUGAAUCAGAAUGAAGUAAUCAAUGACUUAGCGAGUUUAUUGCCUCAAAAUGUAUCUAAUGACUCUAAUACCGAAACUCCUCAGGUAUCAUCCUUAUUGGAUAACAUUGUCUGUUAUAAAUAUGAUAUAGUUAUCUUAUCUUUGAUUAUUCAAAUUCUAUAUAGCCUAUCAAUAAUUUCCAUAGAAGGAACAUAUUAUUUCCUACCACUUUUUAUAUAUGCAGGCACAAAGAUGUAUUGGUUUACUCAACAAAUGAAUGGUACUUCCAGUUUUGCCAAUGUCUUAAUGCUCUUAAAAGGAAUUUCAACAUAUAGGGUACAAAAAUUUUUGAAUGCAAUACAAAUAGUUAGUGCCAUUGGCUUAGAUUCUUGCAUCUUUUUGUUUACAACUAUUUGUGUACAAGUGGUUUAUAUUUUUAUAUCUGAAAUUUUUAUUAUAUAGACAACUUUAUCAUAUGCUUUUUAAACAUACCCGGUGUGUUGUGACUGAGCAGUUAAUUUAGUAAGCUAGGGUUUUGGGAAUGUUUGUUUUUAUGCUUGUGCCUUUAAUCUUAGUGAUAUAAUGUGACAUGUGUGCAUUUUAGUCACAUAUUGCCAUCUUAGUUUAAAUUGUAAGUCUGUACAUAAUAUAUAAUCUACUCAAAAUUAUUUGUACCAUAUUAUAAUAAUAUAUAGUACUGCCUUUGUAGUCAUAAAUAGUCUUUGUAUUGCUGUGGAUAUAAGAUAUUUUUCUAUUUACCACAACGAAAGCUGGUUGUGUGUACAGGUUCUAUGUAUAUAACAUUAACAAUGCAUUUAUAUAUUAGUACACCAAGUUAUUUUUGUACUUUGUUACAUUAGCAAAUUGUUAUAGUACAUUAAUAAAAUUACAGAAAAAAAUAGUUUCAUAUGUCUGUUAUUUAACAAUUUUAUGAAAGAAAGCUUGCAAUGUUCUAGUUACCAUUCUAUAUUACUUAUAACUGAUCUUGGAUUCUUCAUAGAAACAAUUAUAAUACUUACAUUAUAUUUUGGAUGUAUAUACUUAAAAAUUAUUCACACAUUCAUCAAGCAAUAUUUGGAGCCUAUUUUCCAUAUUAGGAAAAUGUGUAUUAGAAAAACUGGCUAUAAUUAGUCCAUAAAUUUUGGAAGAGUAUGGCAGUUUGUGACUGAAAAAAUAAAAAUUGUAAGAAUGCUUAUUUUUUUGCUUGUUUUAACAUUGUACAAAAAAUGCUCCAACAUUAACAUACAACACAUGUUUUAAUUAUAUUUGGCUUCUGAUAUUAUAAAAUCACUAUUUUAUAAUACAGAAGAAAAAUAGUAAAUUUUAUAAAUUAACUUAAUAUAUAAUAAACAGCAAU